AUGGCUUCUCCACCGCCGCCGUUGCCGGACGCCUUUGGAGGCUCCAUCAUUGACUACGUUUCAUCCUCUCCUCCUCUCCCUGCGGCGACGGUCGUGAGUCACUCUUCUUCUUUGAAGAAUCUGAGUCCGAGCAUCUUAAUCAUUCUUACGGUUCUCGCUUUGACUGCUUUUGCUUCGGUGAUUCUUUGCCUCGUUCUUCGAUACCUUAACCGGCGAUGUCUUCUCCGCCUCUCUGCCGUGCCUGGAUCGUCGUCGACGUCUUCGUCGUCGUCUGUUUCUAGGCGCCACAUCAUUCCAGUUGAGCAAAGUGCUGUUCGAUGUACCAAUUCAUUCUCUCCGAUCGACUCGCUUCCUCUGUUCUCUUUCUCCUCCGUCACGCGCCGUUCUUCAACUGCCGUAGCCGAUUGCGCCGUUUGUUUGUCGAAAUUUGAGGCAGAGGAUCAGCUUCGUCUUCUUCCUCUCUGUUGCCAUGCCUUUCACGCGCAAUGCGUCGAUACCUGGCUUCAAUCGAACCAGAGUUGUCCUCUUUGCCGCUCCGCCAUUUUCGCCUCCGAAUCCGACGUAAUGAAGGCAUCUAUGGCAUCCUACGCCGCCGAAGGUCGCGGCGGAGACAGUUUCAGGCUCGAGAUUGGCAGUAUUAGCCGCAGACAGAUCCCUUCCGAGUCCGGCGAAGGGAGGAGGUCAUAUUCGAUAGGAUCGUUCGAUUAUUUCGUGGAAGAAGAUUCUGAAGUAAACUUCACUCAUGCGCACCGGAGAAGCGUCUCCGAUAAGGAAGACAUCGAAGCUCCCGUAUCGGCAGUGUCUACAGAGCAAAGCCUAGCAGCGGAAGUCGGCUCGGGAAGAAAUUGGCUGAAGGACUACGUCGACAGGCUCUCCAAUUCCGUCUCUUCUCGUGCACUGUCAUUCCGAGGCUCCGGCAGGUUCUUCACUGGAAGUAGCCGUCGGAGUGAGGUAACCGUCGUGGGAGAUUGGGAACAGGAGAACAGUCGCGUCGGAGAAGAAAUAAGCGAGCUAUUCCGAUGGUUUUCAGGGGUAUGAUCGUAAUUAUCACAUCUAGUUACCCUACAACGCAGAGGAUUUGCAAUUUUGGUUAUCGGCGGCCGGUACGCAAUUUUUCCUUAUUGAAAACGAACGGUCAAGAUUCCUCCUUCUUUUUGAUCCUUUUGAUUAUGUCAACGGCUGAGAUUAAAGCUGGUAAUAAUACACCAAAUAUCACCUAGUUGGCAUUUAAUCAAAAGCUCAAAAAGAUUGGUGAGAUUUUUCUGUUCCUUCUUUCCUUCUACCUCGUUUGGCUGAGAUUUAAAGUAAAUAAAAGUUUCCCAUCGUGGCAGUGAAGCCAAUAAACAACAGUGAACUCAUAUUUCAUGAAAAACGCUAGCAGAUCAGGGGCCUUUUUGGCAAUACACAUCUGAAUUUUUAUUUUUAAAUUUCCACAUACAUAUAUAAAUUCCAUUUCUUCUUUCUUUCUUUCUUUCUUUCGUUAUUUAUUUCAAUUAUUUCCUGAAUUAAUUAUGGUGUAAAAUGUUGUUGAUAUGUAAUGAAUGAUUUAGUGUACGGUGAGAAACA